UAAACUCAGUGAGGCAGUCUAUUCAAUCUUUGAUGUCCCAUUUUUCCCCUUUGAUCUUUUUCCAGUUGCUGCGUGCACUGAAUAACUGUGCUUUAUCACUUCUUGACUACCCCUCUCUAAUUCCCUUGGCUACCAUUUAACUGACCCUCAUUCUGAAGAUUUUUUUCUCUCCAAAACAGACAAGGGACAGGCUACUUCAACAAUCAAAAAUUCCCCUAGUCAGAAGAAGGAAGAAAAUUACAAUUGGCAGCUUCUUAGUUGAACUCAACUCUUCACAGGAAGAGGAAAGAGAAACUACAAGUGCAUUGUUUCUUCAUCGUUCCCACUCCUGCUCAGAGAAAAAGCUUCCAAACAGAGCCAACAAGAACGAAAGGACAGAUAAGUCCUAGCAGAAGUUCUGAAAUGGAAGAAAUGGAGAAUGGGACAAUAGAUUCUGCCUGCACUGUAACUAAACCUCCCCUCGCUCAGGACAUUUUACAGAGCCUUGAUCUAACAGGUAUAUUUCUCUUUGCAAUCUUGACGCUGAUGACACUAAUAGCCAACCUGGUGUUCAUAGAGGAAGUGUUCUAUAUCUACAAGAAAAUCCCCUCCUCCAAAAGGUCCAUUUUUAUUUGGAUAAAUGCUGCAGCUCCGGUGAUAGCUACUACAUCAUGCAUUGGGAUGUGGAUUCCUCGCUCCACAAUGUUUACAGAUUUCACUGCAGCAGUCUUUUUUGCCAUUGUCAUCCACAAGUUCCUGCUGAUGAUGAUUAAAGAGUGUGGAGGCCAAAACUUAUUUCUCAGGCGGUUUGAGAAUGAUCGUUUCAAGAUCAGCACAGGCCCCUUCUGUUGCUGUUGUCUUUGCCUUCCUCAUGUGCGCAUCACUAGACAAACUCUGUUUUUGCUGAAGUUGGGAACCUUUCAGUUAGCUUUCCUUCGACCUGUGCUAAUGUUCUUAUCAAUAGUGCUUUGGACAAAUGACAUCUACAACCCUUCUGAUUUAUCUCCCAAAGGAGCAGCAAUAUGGAUUAACUGCUUCAUUGGGGUCCUUACAAUUAUCGCUCUGUGGCCGAUUGGAAUCAUGUUUCAAAGAGUUAGGGUUCUCCUAAACUGUAAGAAGAUCAUCCCUAAAUUUGCACUUUAUCAGUUCAUCCUCAUUCUGAGCCAGCUCCAGGCAGCUAUCAUCAAUAUUUUGGCCACACACAGAAUUAUUCCUUGUGCACCACCACUCCCCUCUUCAGCCAGAGCAGCUUAUAUGAAUCAACAGCUCCUUAUCAUGGAAAUGUUUCUGAUAACUCUGAUCUCCAGGGUGGUCUAUAGGAAAAGAUACAAUGACCUGGAACUUCCAGAAUGUACUAACCAGGAAACUGUGGAUGACAAACCAAUCGCCAAAGUCAACCUGAAUGGGCAAGUUAUUGGAGAUGGGUCCAUAAAGGUUUAAAACGGUGGAUGUGCUCCUGUCUUAUGAGAGCUGGACAAUGCUUGUAGUCUUGCUUCAGUUUAUCCUGGGAUUGGUCAGAAUCGUGACCAGUGUCCAUGCACUACUUGGGGAGAUGCCAUGGCAGCUUUUAUAUCUUUGUAUUGAAAAUAGCAGAUCUUCAUGUUGAAACAACUCUGGAAAAUACAUUUGACCUAUGCAGGAAGGACCAAAAAGUGGAAGCAUAUCCCUUUCCUUAUCUUCCAGAGAUAAAAAGAAAGCAAGUUUUCAGUCUCUAUAUAAUUUCCUAUUGUUUGAUCACCAUCAGCUUGAUUAAAUUAUUCAGUUUAGCUAUGAACUGAUACAAGACAUUGUUACAUAGUAAAUAUUCAUGCAAAGAGCCAACAGUAGUUAAUUCAGACUUAUUCUCUUUUCAUGUCUCUUGUUUCUUUCCCUUGUCGCAUGUGGCUUGGAAUCCUCUCAUUCUCUUUGUCUCUACCUGAUUUUCCAGUAUAUUGGAUACCUUGCUUUCUCCUUUCACAUCCAUCCUCAAUUCUUACUAUUUCUAGCAAGAUUACAAUAGCUAGUGGACCUUAUUAAAUGCACUGCCACACACACAUACUAUAAAACCUCAACAAAACCUGCUUAUAUUGUCCACCUACAUAGUUACCAAGCUCUUGGGAAGGGAGAGCUGUCACUUUAUCUGCCACUCUUCCAUCCGUGAGCAAUUUGUCACCAUUCGCAAAUAUUCAGAAGUCACUAAUUGUAGAUGGUAGUGUGGUCUGUUGAAUUGGCCGCUGGACUGGGAGGCAAAAGACGAGGGUUCUGUUGUUUGCUCUGUCACUGAUCUGAGGUAUCAUGCUGGGCCUCAGUUUCUUCAUCUACAAAAUGGGAAUAAUGACAUUUUGUGAAAUGUUUGAGACCUUUGUGUAAAAAUGUUACUAUAAAAUAAAUAUAGAUAGAGCAGGUCCCUUUCGCAACCCCCCCUUCAAAAAACCUGAACCAGCCUGAAAAUUAAUGGGACAUAGAUAUUUAUUAGAAUCUUUAGGCCAAAUUCUUUUAUCACGUAAACCUGCCAGUUAGCCACAUUAAAAUAAGGUUCCUUUUUUUACAAGGAAUCUUUAGAAGCCAGGGUUUUUGGAAGAAGCUGAUGGCUCCAUUUUGAUUCAGUAUAAGUUCUGACAUGAUUAACAAUUAAAAAGGGUCAGGCUUCAUGUUUGUCAGGAAUUCAGAGGCAGCACUUUGCACUAAAACUCAGUUUGAGCUUGCUCUGAUUUUUGAGAAAUCUAUUUAAUUCAAACUGGACAUUAAUGCUUUGGCCAUGUCAGCAAUAGGAAAAUGUACCAUGUUAGAAAAUGUUAACUAUACGUCUUAUUAUAUGAUGUACAACUUUGCCUCUAGAGUAAAAUUAAGCAAAUGGUUCUUUUUUGAUUAUGGGCAAUUCAAAAUAAACCUUUUUUGUUUUCAUUUUGGGUUGAUUUUUUUUUUUUUUAACAAAAAAAUCUAGGUUAAUCAAAAGGUUAUUUUUGGAUCAAACAUUUUGGAUCAAAAUUUGUUUUUUAGUCUUUUAAGAUUUAAAAAAAACAAAUGCAAUUUACAAAUGAAAAGUUUCAGUAUUUUCAGAAUAUUUUAAGCAUGUUUUCCUAAAUGAACAAUUUGACAAACUAAAACACAAUUACAAAAUAUUUCAAUGUUGCUGAAUCUGCAAGUUUCUUCAGUAAUGAAGUUUUGGUUGAAAGCUUUCAUUCAACACUAGACUAUCCUACUAGGUUUAAUUUUGUUUGACUCACACAUUUUAAACAUUUAUGCAUAUUAUGUUCAGAAGUAUGUUAAAUAUAUCAGUGAACAUUUUUUUUUAACAUGAUGUAUUUUCACCAUAGAAAGAGCCACAGGUAUGUACCUGCAUACAUAGGCAAUAAUGCUCCAAUAAUGUCUGUAAUGUAGUACUUAUCCAUGUAGGAUAAUAUUUGAUAGUGUUUUUACAAUGGGUUGGGCAAGUGAAUGGCUGGAACUGUGGGGGAAAUUAAAUAUUGGGAAAACUGACUAUCUAGAGUCCACAAUGUGCUCCUGAUAUAUGGGAAACAGUUUAGUUGUUAGUGUUGAUCAAAGAAAAAGUGUGAUUU